UAUAAAUCUCUCCAAACUGCCCUCUGCGCCUGGUGCGGUGUUAUGCACAGAGAUCUGUCCUGCUUCGGUCCAGUAUGAGGACAACGCGUGUGGAAACUCUUCGAGCUGCAUAGACACUAGCUGAGCCGGAGAAAAAUGGAGAAUAACUACCCCCAGCUGUGUCGUUUACUAUGUCAAGAUAUUUUCAGAUGUUGGCGAUUAUGAACAUUUAACGCAGCUCUGGAUAUAACGGCGCUCUAACAGUUUUAUCAAGAGGCAGACAAGAGCUCCUAUCGCUCUGGGAAACAGAUAUUGUGCACCUUUUUGCGCCCCGCGUAUGCGCUGGAGACGCUGAUGUCUUCAUUGGACUCCUUUCACUCGGAGAUGGUGGAACUCUCUCGGAUUUCCAACGUGGAAACGUAGCAUCCAAUUAAUCAGCGACUGCAACUGUACCCCGUAAGGCGCAGUGGCACUUGGUCCGCUCUCUUGAACACCUACCUUUGGACUCCAAAGUGUGGAAAGACGCAUGGUUUGGUUACUGCGCCGGAUCGGAGUAUGAAAAACACACCUGGUGCAGUUUUUUUAGCGGUUAUUUUUAUCAGGACAUGAACCGAAUUUGAACUCGUUUUAAGGACAUUUUCGGAUUGUGGCUGUUGAACGAUUCAUGCAGCUGAUUCAGCUUGUGACACUAAAUGAGUCGCGUUUUCUGUUUUGGAUUUUAACAAUAACAGCCAAGCGAGUUUCAGGUCUGCAUGGGCCAUAUUUAAGCUUCCUUCAUAGGAACUGAGUCUAAGAUGAAGUUAUGGGAUGUUUUGGCCACGUGUUUGUUGCUCCUGAGCUCUGUUGCUACACGGCCUCUCUACCAAAACACUCAGCCAGCCAAGAGGACUUCUUUCCGCAGCAGCUAUAGUGAUUCUGCGUCCCCGUCUGUGGAGGACGAAGAGCCAGCGUUCCAGCGUGAAGACCACAACCUGCAGGAUAUCUCCAUGGAGGAUCAAUAUGACAUCGCAGGUCCCUAUCCAGAGCAGUUUGAUGACGUAAUGGAUUUUAUUGAGGCUACCAUUGGCAGACUCCGGAGAUCGUCAGAGCCCAGCGGGGGAUCCAAGGGACGGAGGGAGCAGAGACAGAGGGGAGCAGCAAACACAGGAGGCACGAGAGGCGAGAGGAGAGGACAUGGCGACAGGAGGCGUGGUCGUAGUCGAGGUGGUAAAGGAGGGCGAGGCGAAAAAGGGAAGGAGAGGAUAGCUGUGCAGACCCGAGGCUGCUUGCUAAAGGAGGUCCACCUCAAUGUGACGGACUUGGGGUUGGGCUACCAGACUAAGGAGGAGCUGAUCUUCCGGUACUGCAGCGGCCCCUGUGUGGAGGCGGAGACCAACUAUGACAAGAUCCUCAACAACCUCACACACAACAAGAAGUUGGACAAGGACACGCCGUCUCGCACCUGCUGUCGACCAAUCGCGUUUGAUGAUGACUUAUCUUUCUUGGACGACAAUGUAGUGUAUCACACGCUGAAGAAGCAUUCUGCCAGGAAGUGUGGCUGUGUCUGAGGAAGUGACAGGCAAGACCAUCGUCAGUAAACUAAGGAUCACCUUUACAAGCUGGUGGGAUCUUUGUUGGAAAUGGGCAUAGGAGAUCGGAGCGGGAGUGUAUUGUUUCUCAUUUUUGUGGUCAAAGACGAUGGAACAGCCGUUAAAGAAGCAAACUGUACACUCAACUUGUACAGUCCAUGCGCAGUCCUUUAGAACCCCUGACCAGUAUUUGACUGUUCCAUCAAACACAUGCAGAAAUGUAUGAGGCCUGUACCAAUUCGCAGGAGAAAAGACACUGUUACACGUCCAUAUUUGCUAACUGUGCGGUCUAUAAGGUGACAGUGGAAAAAAAACUACUGGCUAAGUUGGCUUGUUUUUUCAUGGAGGAAUUCAUUUUCCCAGGAUCAUCAGUUUUUCCAUAGCUGACUCCAUAGAACGUGAAUGAAUGAUGAAGGUGAAGAUUUGAGGAGUAUAUUCAGCUGCAGUCUAAAUCACUUCCACUGCAGUCUGGAUGUUGACAUUUACAUUCAGCCAAUGGAUGACAAAUACCACACCACAGUUCAGCAAAGACUUUUGGUGCAACGCAUCUACAUAAAAUCCAAUCGUAUAUACAUAUACACGUGUGUGUGUAAGAGGUAUAUUUAUUAAGAUGCAAAUUAACUUAUUGUUAUUUAUUUCAAUCCAUUUUAUGAAAGAAAUUGUAAUUUUUCCUAUUUAUUUAAAAGCUUUGUUUGUCCUGAAUGAUGCCAAUGGGGAGCAAUUUCUCAAGCAAAAUCUAAAAAAGGUGAUUCAGAACUGCUAAACACUCUCCCACACAUCUUAAUGAUGCUUAUUUGCUUCACUUACUGUAGAUUCCAGAGUUUGUCAAUUCAUGACUCCAAAGGAUCAUCAAUAGCUAUCCAGUUAAGAGAAGGGUAGAAAGAACCACAGAGAAGGGGACCAAUAGAAGAUUUUUGAUUGAAUUGAUCGGUUUUGGAGAAUUUUGAGACAACAGGGUAGAUUAUUUGGGGGACAUUUCACCGCAUUUUUUCUCCGAUGUGACCAUGCUAACACGGGGGGGACUUCAGAUGCUGCUCUCUCAGCAAAUUACUUUUUGUUGUUUGUUUAUAAGACAACUGUCCGGUUAAUCUACCCAGGAUAGAUUUAAUGUCACUCCAAACAGGAGCCAUCACAUCACAUUUAAUUGAAAUCUAAAAUCAACAUGAGAGUAGUGGUCUCUCCGAGGAUCUGCAGGUGCCUUUUAGGAUCCAACUUUUGAUGCCCAGAGUACAGAAGCUGCUAGAAUGCCUGCCUAUCAGCAUACAUUACCCAAAACCUCAGUCUGGCCUUGCACCAAGUCUGAGCAAUGGCUUUGCAGCGGUUCCUGUCCCAAUAGGCUUUAAAGUUCACAAGACUGCUUGUGUUUCUGUCUCGACUUUGACAGACAGGUUUUACUCCCUGAAAGGGGAUUUGAAAGUGAUCCUCUAACAUGAGUCUUAACCAAAUAUCCCUGUAGGCAAAGGCAUGUUGGUGAAGGCAGUUUAAGGAAGAUCUAGCAACUGUAGCUGCUGUCAUCGCACAACUGAUGUAAAUAUCUCAAGACUAGACGCUUGGACAAAAGAAUAUGUUUUGGACUUACAGACGGAAGGGUCAGCCUCAACAUGCUUUCUACAUGUAAUAACUUUUUCAGCAAAGUUUAUUCCCAAACUAUACACAAAUAUGAAUCCAGGAAAACAGGUGGCUCUUUAAAGCAAGUUGCUUUGCCCAUCAAGACCCUGCGAGGGGAUCAUUUUAAGUGGAACAAAGAGAGCCCUCGGGUAGGUCUUGAUGUUAGCACGGAUUAGGGACCAAGGUAUCUGUGCCCACCCAGCAGCAAGCAAGCCAGCUUUACUGUGUAAUCCCCCUGCACACAGAACAAAUCCACUGCAUCAAGCUGAAUUUAGGCCAAACACUACACAGAGAGGGAAAAAAAACUUGAGCUUUUAUCACAGCAUACCUCAUCAAUUGGAUCAUCUUCCCCUUUAACAACUGAUUCGUCCAUAAACCUUUCCAGAUGAGAAUGUGCAGUUAGGAGACUUCCCAGAAGCCUUAGAGUGCCUUGCUACUCUCCGAUACCAUACAUUUAAGUGUGUAAACUGUGACCACUAGCCCUCUCAUCUUCAUGACUGUUUGCUCAACUGUUCCUUGGCAAUUUUAGUCCUCCGGUUUGGAUUUAAAGGUAAACAAGCAAAAGGUAAAGAUGCGAAGGAAUCCUCCGUGUUAAUAAUAAAAGAAGGGAUUGGAUUUCUUUUUCACUCAUUGUUUCAAAACCUCUGUGAAAAACCUGUCAUGUCGUCUCACUUGUUUUGUGUUACAGAACCAAAGCUCUCUGCAAACUUUAUUUUUGUACAAUAUUCAUUUUAUAACUUUUUACAGAAUUAAACUUGUUUCUAUUAAAUGA